AUGUUCAUUAUUACUCAAAUUGAGGACCAAAUUCGAGUUUUGCCGCAGGAUCUUCAGAAAACACCAGUCGACGCCGUCACAGCUGUCAUCGAGCAGCGCUUUGUUGAUAAAGUUAUCCCAAACCUAGGCCUUGUGGUGACCAUCUACGACGUCCUACAUAUUGAAGGUGGCUUUGUUUAUCCCAACGACGGGGCAGCGUUCUUUAAGGUUCAAUUUCGCGUCGUCGUCUUUCGGCCCUCCGUUGGCGAGAUAAUUGUUGGCAAAUUAAAGUCAUGCUCAAGGGAGGGGCUUCGAGUUUCGCUUGACUUUUUCGACGAUGUGCUGAUUCCCGAGCAUGCACUACAAGAUCCGUCGUUUUACGAUGAAUCCGAGCGGCUCUGGGUGUGGAAGUUCGACGGCAACGACAUGUACAUGGACCUACAGGAGCCCAUCCGCUUUCGUGUCCACAGCGUGAAGUUCAACACGCCCCCAACUCCAAUACAACUUCAAAACGCCACAGGGGACGACAAGCUCCUUGGCACUGCAGCAAAGCCCUUUUCGCCCAUGGUUGUCAUGGGCGACAUCAACGGUGAUGGGCUCGGCCUGACGACAUGGUGGUCCGGCUGAAAUCCCAUCCCCUUAGGGGCCCAACCAUUCUGCCAUGAAAAUUGAAGCGAGUCCACCAGACAUGCGACAACACAUUUUUCGUCCAUAUUGCAAAGCGCCGCAUAACAAGAUGUGAAUGUAUGGUGGCUGACAAACGCCGUUCGUCGCUCAGCCCCAAGCUGCUACACGCCCGCAGUAGCAAAUAGUCCGCAAGUGCGAGUGGAGCAGAAUUUAUUCCUGCAGGAAGUUGGUUCCAUCCAUCCUGAAGCCCCUUGGGGAAGCCAGGAUAUAAACACCUCAGCUGGCGGCCAUGCACAUAAUUGGUUGCUUACUCCAGAUGUAACGCUGUUCCAAC